AUGGAAAACGUCACCCGUGAUGCUUUUGAUGUGCAGUAUGGCCUAUUCAAGGAAACGGUUGAUCAUCUGCUGUAUCCCAACCCAAGAUCGAGGUUGGUUCAUGAACAACAUCUGCUGUAUUUCCGUUUCCUUGGAAUUCUUCUUGGGAAGGCAAUGUAUGAGGGCAUAAAAGUUGCCUUGCCAUUUGCAACAUUCUUCUUAAGCAAGCUGAAACAAAAGUCGACCACCUUGAAUGAUCUGUUUUCACUGGAUCCAGUUUCAUACGAACAUCUUUUGCAGUUAAAGCGUUAUGAGGGCAAACUCUUGGAUUUGGAAUUGCGUUUCGUUACCACAAAUAAUGAAAAUGCUGACCAAUCUGAAGAAUUGCUUCCUGGUGGGAGAGGAAUGCGUGUUACUGAUCAUAAUGUUACUACUUAUAUUCAUCUAAUUGCCAACCAUCGUUUAAACUAUCAGAUCCGUAGUCAAAGUACACAUUUUUUGAGAGGUUUUCAACAACUCAUACCAAAAGAAUGGAUUGAUAUGUUCAAUGAACAUGAAGUUCAGUUUCUCAUAUCCGGCUCUCCGAAAAGUUUGGACAUUGAUGACUUGCGGUCAAACACCAAUUAUGCUGGAGGAUAUCAUGAGGGUCAUCAGGUUAUUGAUAUGUUCUGGGAGGUUUUAGCAAGCUUCUCUUCAUAUGAUCAGAACAAGUUUCUGAGGUUUGCCAUUGGAUGUUCUCGCGGCCCAUUUCGUGGAUUCCGACACGUUGUUCCGAAAUUUAGCAUUCUGAGAGAUUGUUACCUUGGAAUGGACGAGCAUAUAGACCGUUCGCCUACUUCGGUGACUUGCAUGAAUCAGCUGAAGCUCCCUCCUUAUGCAACGUUAGUAAACCAAAUAACUACAGUACAUUAG